AACACCUUCUCUUCAUUUAGUUACAAUUGUUAUUUUAACACUUCGUCAAGCAUUAGAGUCAUAUUCAUCGUUGAUUGAAUAUAAUAAAAAUUAUGAAAUUGAUCAAUCAAGUGAAGAUUUAAGUGAAAAUGAAGAUGAAUAUGUUGAAGAAGAAGAAGGAAUGCAUUUUUUUCGAUUACGUAUUCAUCAUUUACUUCAUUCUAUGUUUAAAUUAGAACCUAUUCAUUUAGCAGCUACACUUUUACAUCCUCGAUAUAGAUUGUUAAAGAAAUGUUCCUUAUAUGAAGUGCGAGAAUGUCAUUUAUAUAUUCGACAACGUAUGGCACAAAUUAAAUCGAUGAAAACAAACAAAUCAACAUCUGAUAUUUCAGAAAAACAUUCCUCAACAGUUAAUAAUGAAACAUUAAAUGAACCAGUAGAGAAAAAACCAAAACGAUUUGGAGAAGAUUUUGAAACUGGAAACGUUAGUGAUGAAUUUGAUAAUGAGUAUGACGAUGAGUUACACAAAUAUUUGGAACAACGUAUUGAUACAGAAUCAAUUGAUGAUAAUCCAUUAUCAUUUUGGUAUCAAAAUCGAUUGACCUAUCCUAUUUUGUCUCAGUUAGCACGUUCAAUUUAUUCCAUUCCAGCUAGUACCGCUAAUGUGGAACGUACAUUUAGUGGAAGUGGAAUGAUGAUUAACUCAAGACGUACUAGAUUAAAUCCUGAACAAAUCAACAACGCCAUGUUUUUACGUUCAGUAAAACAAAAUGAGUAA